UAUCUGGGACUCUAUCCCUGUUUUACUGAAGGGCCUGUUUUGAUGAGCUUCAGAUGAAAAAUGUUCAGGUGUGGUUAGUCCUGGACUACAUCUGUGAUGGAGUCUACAUCCUGGAUAUCGCUGUUCGUCUCCACACAGGUUUUCUAGAUCAAGGCUUGUUGGUGAAGGACGUGCGUCGUCUGAGAGAAACCUACAUCCGAACACUACAAUGCACCCUGGACAUCUGCUCCAUCCUCCCCACGGACCUUCUGUACCUCAUAGUCGGGAUGAGCUACACGCCUCUUCUCCGGUUCAACCGCCUGCUGCGGCUCUCGCGCCUAUUCGAGUUCUUUGAACGGACAGAAACGCGCACAAGCUAUCCCAACGCGUUCCGCAUCUGCAAGCUAGUCCUGUACAUCCUGGUCAUCAUCCACUGGAACGCCUGUGUGUAUUACAGUUUCUCCAAAGUCCUGGGUCUGGGUUCCGACUCGUGGGUGUAUCCCAAUGCUUCCGACCCCGAGUUCGGCUCGCUGACCAGAAGCUACAUAUACUGUCUGUACUGGUCCACUCUGACACUCACCACCAUCGGUGAGACCCCUCCGCCUGUCAGAGACGAGGAGUACCUGUUCUUGAUAUUUGACUUUCUGGUUGGCGUUCUGAUUUUUGCCUCCAUUGUUGGCAACGUUGGAUCCAUGAUCUCCAACAUGAACGCAACGCGAGUGGGCUUUCAAACCCGUGUGGACGCCCUCAAACAUUACAUGCACUUUAGGCAUGUCAGCAAGGUCCUGGAGCAACGCGUCAUUCGCUGGUUUGACUACCUCUGGACCAAUCAGAAGACAAUUGACGAGCAAGAAGUGCUAAGGAGCUUGCCAAACAAACUGCGAGCAGAAAUCGCCAUUAAUGUCCACCUGGACACACUGAAGAAGGUGCGUAUUUUCCAGGACUGCGAGGCAGGUCUCCUCGUAGAGUUGGUGUUAAAACUUCGACCCCAGGUGUUCAUUCCUGGUGACUACAUCUGCAGAAAGGGCGAUGUGGGUAAGGAGAUGUACAUCAUCAAAGAGGGCCACCUGGCGGUGGUGGGGGACGACGGAGUCACCCAGUUCGCUGUGCUGACCGCAGGAAGCUGCUUCGGAGAAAUCAGCAUCCUGAACAUCAGUGGCAGCAAGAUGGGGAACAGGCGCACCGCUAACAUAAGGAGCCUGGGCUACUCUGAUCUGUUCUGCCUCUCCAAACAAGACCUGAUGGAGGCCCUGCAGGAGUUCCCCCACGCCAGGGCGCAGCUGGAGCAGCGGGGGCGGGACAUCCUGCAGAAGGAGGGGCUUCUGGAGGAAGUAAACGUGUCGGCCGGAGAAGAGCUGGAGGUGAAGAUGGAGAGGCUGGAAACCAGUCUGGACCGUCUGCAGACGUGUUUGGCGCGCCUGCAGAGUGAGUUCAACUCGUCCCAGCUCCGGCUGAAAAAGAGACUCACGGCCCUCGAGCACAACAUCACCACGGCAACCACCGGUAGCGGCUUCCUGUCGGACGCCGAUGGCAGCGAGAGCGUCUCCGGCUGCGACUUCGUACGAAGCGAAAUCAACAUCCGGCUCUGAGGACUCACCUCACGCAGCUGUCAGCAAAUACUGUUAUUUUUUUAUUUUAUUUUAUUUUCUGUAAUUCAAGACGUAGACUCAAAAUAAAGUAAAUCCCAACU